CGGACCGGACCGGACCGUACAGUGUGGCCUGUGGUUGGGUUGGCCAAUACCAGCAGAAGCGGCGACGAGAGCAAUGGCGUUGGCAACGUCGACUUCUUCGCUGCCGUCUUGGCCGUUAUUAAUCAUUGUACAUUUGGCUGUCACCGAAAAAGGCCGCGAAUUCGGCAGCAACGGGACACGCAGAGAGCGAGAGCGUCGACACACUCGUACAUACAUACAUGUACUGCUACGUAAAUUGAAGCGAAAAAGGAACAAAACGAAAACUACAAAUACUGUCGACUGACCAUACAUACACUUUUAAACAAGCACACAUACUCACUCAAACACACACGCGCAAGGCAACAACCACCUCGUGUGUUUGUGUGUGUGUGUGUGUGGGCUCGUACUCAGGAGAAACGAAACACCAACUGAGACAGAGGCGCAUAACGUGGACGUGCGAUUUUAAAUUUUCCGUGGAUGCCGCUGUCGCCGUCGCCGUCGCGUCAUCGUAGUGUGGAAAUUCGCCGCGCUAAAAUCAAAAUUCGCUCAAAUUGUGCGCUCGCUAGCUCGCGGUAGUUUGUCGCCGGACGCUGCUGUUUAGGUUCGCAUAAUAUUCGUCGACGACAGAAAGGUCACAUCCUUUCGAAAGCCGGUCGCUUGAAGACGGUGUUUGUGCUGUCGCGGCUAAGAUUGGAACGAUGGCAAAUAAUUGUAAAUAAAUGAGAACAAAGUUAAAUUGUGCUUCCAGCUUGUAAACGCGACCAACAUUUGAUCUCCUCGUUAACCAUCAAUCAAGUUUCAAUCAAAAGAAUAACACAAGACAGUGACCAUUAUCUAUAUUCCUGAAAGUGACUUUAUGUUAUGUGAAUAUCUCAGGACGAUCGAAAAAUAGUUCAGUCCUAUUUAGAUUUUUUAAAUCGAGACAAAGUGCCCUCCUUCAUCGGAAGGUUUACAUUGAACUUUUCACCGGAAGUGUAGGAAAAAGAACUCAAACUGUUCGACAACGGCUUGAAGUUGGAUAUUUCCAGCUACCCCCACAUGAACAUUCGGAUGGGUACGAAGGGCAAGCGACCUUUGCGUAGCUUGACCCCGCGGGACAAAAUCCAUGCCAUACAGCGCAUACACGAUGGCGAGUCGAAGGCAUCUGUGGCCAGGGACAUUGGAGUUCCCGAGUCUACGCUUCGCGGCUGGUGCAAGAAUGAAGAUAAGCUGCGCUUCAUGUCCCGCCAGUCGACCACAGAUAAAAUGUGCGCCGACGCGCUUGCCGAUAAGCUGGACGUCUCUGCAGGGCUGCUGGGUCCCCCUGAGAAGAGGCAGCGCAUUGAUCCAUCACUUCCACUGAACUUCUCCAACAAGAUGAAAUUCGAUGAGCUCGGCUUUAAGCGCGCCCCGCUCAACGGCUUAGACUAUAGUACAAACAAAAAUAUGUCCGAAUUGAAUUAUAAUGGGCUAGCCGUUGAUUAUGUGGGAUUCAAUGGUCACCGACCCGCAAAUCCUUCCCCAAAUGCCAUUAGUCCCCUAUCAAGUUUGACCCACCUUUCUGGUCUCACCGGUUUAUCACAGUCUCCGCUGGCUAUAAGUUUCAAUGAACUGACCACAAACCUAAAUUUAUUGGCACAACUGAAUCCCAGUCUUGCGGCAAUGUCGGGACUGAAUAGUUUUUCAACAACUGCCAACAACUUGCGAAAUUCGAAACCCAGUGGGCAGCCACCGUUGCAAGUGCAAAGCCCACGCAGUGAUAGUGGAGACCGAACCCCAGGACUGUCUGUUAAGAACUGGGCUAAGCAAAAGCCAUUAUCUGCCGUGUCAAGCGAUGUCAGUUGCAGCGUUAAUUUAACUAUUAAAAACGAAGCAAAAGGAGCAGAUAUAAAAAGUCCGAGUCCAUCACUAGCACCCUCACAUGUAGGUGGCAUUAUCUCACUGUCUAAUUUGGCUGAGGACCCUUUGCUUUACUGGCUAAAGUCUCAGCAGACGAUGCUCGGACUAAACAGCCUAUAUCCUCCAACAACCCCAAUGGGGAUGACAAGUCCCCCCAUACGCUCCUCCACGCCACAGCAUAUGAUCCAACACGCACAGACACCACCACUACCGUCUGCACCAUUGACACCAUCAUCGACUCCAUCCGGCAGUCUCGACGAAAAGAACGCGGCUUGGUAUAACUGGUGCAAGGUUUUUGGUGCCAGCCUUCACACACUUAAUCCAAACUCUGCGACGCUAGCUGCAUUGCAGGCCAAUUCACUGCAACAGCAGCCCGUAUCAGCUGUCUCUGAUGUCACUGACAUAGCCGAUACGUCGAAAGGACCUUUCGAUAAUAUUCUGUACUCCCAUCUUACAAAGGAGUCUGAAACCCCGUCGGUCCGUAGCCUAUCAUCAAACGAGCACAAUCAAAUGGACCAGAUAGACGCUGACGAGGUGACAAACCCGGAUCUCGAUACAGAAAUCGAAGCAGACGUACCCGGCAAGCCGGAAGAUUUGUCAGCAUCCGCAAAAAGAAUAACUCCAUCUCAGAGUCCGAUAACAUCAUUGGUUCCGGAUAGCCAUACUUCCGAGCCUUGUGGUAAAAUGAGCACCACCCCCUCUGAAUGUGUUAGUAGACCCGGAAGUGUAGGUGGAGACUGCAAAAAGAUCCUCGACAACAUGCUUUACAAAAUAGGUGGCAUUAAAUCACAUUUGCCCAUGAUUGUAGAUGCGCCCUGCGAAUCAGAAGCAAGUUUUGCCAAUGAACACAAUCAGCACUCCAACAACAACGAUGUUAGCGCCAGCAACAAUAACAAUAACAACUCAAACAAAACUGACGAAGAAGAAAAGGCAAAAUAUUUAGAUUUAACUGCCGACAUCGACAACGAAGACGUAAAGGCCAUCAGGCAUGGCGAGAAGUUUCUGCAGUGGCUGGAAAACUGCAGUAACCCUCGGGUAACAGCUGUGCAACUUAUGCAACUGAGAUUUUUGAUCGCAGCUAUAAAGUCCAGCAACGAGCCUCAAAUUGCAGAAAAACCAAAUAAGAACCUGAUGGAAAACGAGGAAAACACCGAGGAAGACUCAAGCAGGAGUAAGAUCAGACGCCGCAAAUAGGACAAGCCCAAGUUGGCGCCUUCGGAGCCAGCCACGGAUAUUCAUAUAACGAAUGCACAGCGAGACGCAAUUGCCAAACAAUGCUCACGGCUAGGACUGCCAUACUUGGGUAUUGGCAGCCUUGGUAAGACACCAGCAUCUUUAAGGUGCCAGACAACCUCACCUGCUGUUUACCAAUCAUCGGCCACUCUAUUGAGCUCACUGUUCUUCCCUCCCUAUGAAUUUGUACAUUGUGACCUCGAUGAUGACCCGAACGACUGCCAGAUAAUAGGCGAGUAUCAGCAGUACGAUGAACUAAGUUCCAGCAGUUAGAGCGAACCUUAGUUUUAUUACGGAAUCCUUACAUAUACAUAGGUACUACAUUUUGCUUCACGCUGUGCGUCUACAGACUAUUUGGUUUUCUGUGGGUAACCUAACGCAAAACAAAACAUUUUUGGACUUAAAUUUUACUAAUUAAUCAUAUGAUAACAAUGUAUAUAUUUAAAAUGUCUAUUUGUAGCUAUUAUAGUUAAUUUAAACAAGGAAAAGUUUAUGUUUUAUCCGAUUCAAUAGAAAAAUGGUUAUAGCAUUUAUUUUUUUGUUAAAAAACUUUCCAUGUGCAAGGUGGUAUAAAUGAAUAAAAUGCAUUUGAUAUCAAAUGUUUUAAGUUUCAAAAAUCUACUGAAAAAAUAACGAUAACAAAUGUGCUCAUAAGAAUUUUCCUGAUUCCAAAUUAUUGCGAUAUUUAAAUAAAAGAAGGCAUUUACA